AUGAUCCCCAAGAGCGAGCGCGAGGCCGUGUCGAGCAGCGGUCGGAUCGUCAACUCCGAUGCUGAGGAGGAGCCGGGCGAACGGCAGAUAUUCCUGCCGCCGGGGGCGACCGCAGCCAGCGGCCAGUCGAAGGCCACCACGAGGAUGUUGUACAGUAGUGCGGCCCAAGGUAUCGGCGGAAGCACGUCAGGUGCAUCUCUGGCAAGAGACGCCGGAGGCGUUUCAGUUGCCAAGGCGAAGAAAGGUCCGUGUCGCACCCGUAACGGAAUGUUUCCGCACAAGAACCCGACACGCUACUACCACUGUACCGGCGGACGGUACGUGGUGAAGAAGUGCGCCAAAGGGCUGGCAUUUGACGCCAAACUGCAGUACUGCACACCGGCAAAGUCGCCAGGGCUGACCGGACGGAGCGCGGCCGGCGCCAUCCAGAAAGGCGUGGUGACGCUCGCUGCCAAAGGACAGGGAGCUGUUGCGGACGCGGUAAGCAGCGGGCCUGGCGACUUGCUCCUGCAGGCCCGGAACAACAUGAACAAGCUCCAGCCAUCCAGACGAUACAUCGAGAGCACCGUGCAGCGGGCCAUGAAAGAUAGAAAACGCGGCUGUUUCUGCUCUGUGACCCCCACCCGGCGGCCGUGGGAGGCGCGGUACGCCACGGUCGACCAGUGCUGGCUGGAGGCACUGCGGCGAGGCGUACGCUACCUGCUGGUCGGCACCGACGGCUGCCAGUUCUGGAGCAGCGUGGCGCCACUCACCAUCGGCUCGUGCACCGACGCCGCCUACCACAUCAUCGACGUCACCUUCUUCCAGAAGGACCUGGCGCGCCUCCAGCCAGACAUGCAGUUCUGGGUGUCAGCCCGCUCCCCGUCCGACGUCAUCUGGGGCACCGUGUCCAACAUCGCCUACAAGCCACUGGACAUCAGAGGCUGCGGCGAGCUCUGCUACAAGUUCGGCCAAGACUUCGCCAGGGUCGACUAUCGCGGCUGCCGGUGCGGUAUGGCCGGCCGGCAGACGGUGACCAUCCCGCAGGAGGACCUGGCCUACCUGCGCCGCCGCCAGGCCGCGCUGGACCCCGGCUUCACGGUGCAGCUGCAGCCAGCCGGCCUGGCCGACUGGGAGUGCACGGCCGCGCCGGCCCACUUUGUGCGUGUCACGGCCGCCGAGAGUCUACAGGAGGCGCUCAUCGCCUGCCGCGAGCGGCGCUUCAAGUUCCUCACGCCGGGAAAGGACGGCUUCUACUGCGGCAACAGCACGGCCAACCUGGAGCGUUUCUCGCGCACCCAGUGCCAGAUGAACGUUACCACCACGCGCGCCUACUCUGUGCUCAGCAUCCAGGCCGUCGAGCGGCAGAUCGUGAUGGUCGAAAACACCGUAUACGACUACGUGUUCUGGUGGGUGUCGAGCCGGUCGCCCGGUGUUUUCUGGACCUCGCUGCUCGGCAUCACCCAGCUGGAACAGUGUGUGCUCAACUGUGACCGGCGUUUUGUCGCCGUUGGACCUGAGGGCUGCUUCUGUGGCAGCCUGCGAGAGGGCGUCACCAACGUGCACGUCAACGAGUGGGUGGUCAAAAGCGCCAACGCCCCGCACAACCCCUCGCAGGGCUACUUGAUGCUCGACAAACGCGGCUUCGUCAACGUUCCUGAGGGCUGGCACUGCACCAGUGAGCCCAAACAUUGGAAGAUCUAUUCCAGGAUGGUUUUCUUCGACCAGUGUAUGAAGCUUUGCAAGGACGACAAAAAAGAGUAUGCAGCCUUUGGAAGACUGGGCUGUCUGUGCGGGAGCAGUCAGGACGGCCGACUGCGGCGGCUGCCGAUGGCCCGCUGUCAGGACGCUGGUGACGACUCGAAGGCCUACUCCCUCCUGUCGGUUGACGUCUGGACGAGGAACGUCGCCACCGUCACCGCCCAACCGGAACACCAGCGCGUCUGCUGGCGGAACACCAGCGCGUCUGCUGGGUGGGACAGCGGCCCGGCGGCGUCCAGUGGGAGGUGCAGCCCGGCGCCAACGUGCUAG